UGCAAUCAUCUCAACUAGCGCGUCCUCUACUUCCGGUCAGUGUGGCUGACGACUUUUACGUGGCUAAAGCUGCCGACAAACACGGCGAUAACCUUAACCAAGAUGCCGCAGCAAAGCGAAUUGAUGGAUAAAGCAGAAGAUGUUGCCGACCAGAUUUUAAGAAAGUCAAAGCAUGUGCUACCUCACUUAGCUCGAUUCUGCCUCAUCAGCACUUUCCUUGAAGAUGGGCUUCGAAUGUAUUCCCAGUGGGGAGAACAGCGAGACUAUAUGAACGCGUCAUGGGGCUGUGGCUAUUUCUUGGCAUCACUGUUUGUGCUAAUCAACCUCCUUGGCCAACUGGUCGGAUGUGUCAUGGUGCUCAGUCGACAAAAAGUACCCAUCGCUUGUGGCCUCCUCUUCUUUAUCAUUGCUCUACAGACGAUAGCCUACAGUAUUUUGUGGGAUCUCCGAUUCCUGCUCAGAAACCUUGCCCUUGCUGGAGGCGUCUUGCUGCUAUUGGCUGAGGAUCGUACUGAAGGCAGGAGUUUGUUUGCUGGCCUCCCGUCUCUCGGUGAGAACAACCCAAAACAGUACAUGCAGCUCAGCGGCCGAAUUCUCCUCGUUCUCAUGUUCCUUACACUGCUCCGUUUCGAGGUCGACUUCCUGCUGCUCGUCCAGAACCUCGUGGGCACUGCACUCAUCGUUCUCAUAGCCAUUGGAUUCAAGACAAAGUUAUCUGCCCUUGUCCUAGUUGUUUGGCUGACAGGUCUUAAUUUGUAUUUCAAUGCCUGGUGGAACAUUCCUGAUUAUAAGCCUAUGCGUGACUUUCUCAAGUAUGAUUUCUUCCAGACAUUAUCUGUCAUAGGGGGUUUGUUGCUAGUUGUUGCAUACGGGCCUGGAGGGGUUAGCAUGGAUGAACAUAAAAAGAAAUGGUAGAAACCCAAAUAAAGUCUAGGCAUUUGUUCAAUGGAGUGUACACAGUAUGAUGUAACUAAGACUGUCAAAAAAAGCAUGCGUUAUUUGCCAGUUUUCAUAAACUCAUUAUCAUGAUUACUCACACUUGUCACUUAAAUAUAACGUAACCAAACGAAAGAUAUCCGAUGUUGAUUCCUGGUAUUGAGUGCUGUAUGCAUCUGUGUGAAAAUGGAGAUGAAUGUUUCAAUUUAAGCCCGCUGUUUUGCCACCAAGGUGUGCUUCAUGUAGCCAUUUGUAACAUUACCAGUCGGCUUGUCUUAGAGCCAUAUGACAUAAACAGUGCUUAAAGCCCACAGACAUGGCUGCCUUUCUAGUCCUUCAUAUGUUAUCCUCAGUGUUAACUAAUUUAGCCUGAACCGAUUAUAUCCUCUCUUUUUACCAGGCAUUAGAAGAAAAAUAAUGUCAGACGGAAAGUUAUUCUAAAGUUCUAAAUAAUCACAUUUGAAUGUGAUUUUAAGGCAUUGAAAUGUCAUUGUCAUUCUUGGCCAUUGUACAUGUUUUAAAGAUAGCUGAUUAAUGGCCCAAGUGAAUAUUUUUAGAUAAAAGUUAAAUUCCUAUCUAAAAGGAGAUUGAAAUGUCCUUCUGUAAGCAAUUCUUUUUGUCCUAAUGGAAAGGGACUGAGAAGAAUCAUUUGUCAAAACAAGAAAGUAUUUGGUUUCGACAUAGUAUCCUGUUUAUGGCUUGCCAGCAUGUGUAUACAAAUAUUAGAAGCAGUUGUAUGUAGUACAUCAUUAAAAACUUAUCUACCAGUUCAUUCUUAUUGUCUGACAUGUUUGUGUAGUGUGUGGAUGUAUUGAUGAUUGCAACAGAGAGGGGAAGGUGCUAUUUUGACACGUAUAGCUUGUCAACUUUCUAAUUGUUAAAACAGAAUUACUGGGAAUGUAGGUAUAGGAUGGUGUAGUGGUGCAGCAGAUGGAACUGUUGGAAGUUAAUGGUGAAUAGUAUCAGCCCCAGUGUUAUGGUUGCCGCUUGUAAACAUUGCCACUUGUUAACAUUGCCAUUCCCCAGGGGCUUACGGUGACACCAUCUCUGUAACGACUUGCCCAACAUAACUCCUAAAAUUACAAGUGCCAGAUAGUGAGGAUUUGAAUCGAUUCAUUGUGGUACAUGUACAUAUAGGGAGCACAUGAUAUUUGCUGCUACUAUUUUAUAAACACAUCUGUUCCUGGUAUAUUCCAUCAUUCCCACACUGUCAGUUCAACUCCAAUGGAUUCCAUUUUACUGACUUUAUUUUGAUUUGGUAAGAAUGGUAACUAGACGUUUUGGUCGAUGAUACAUCAUCUCAACAGUGAGUUUUAUUAAAUUGUAGUGUGUAUCAACUAAAUAACAAACUGUAAUUUUUGUAGCUGCAAGGAGCCUGAACACUGCCAGUCUGUGUUGUUAAAUGUAUUUUUGGCGUGUAAUGAUAAUUCCAAAACUUCCAGUCUGUAUUGUACUUUUGAUGAAACCAGUGACAUUGGUACCGCUGUUCAGAAGGAUGUAUUUGUGUAUUAGAGGCAUACUUAGUUGCAGUUCAGAUAUACCAUCUCAAGAACAUUAUAGAGUGAGGAAACUAGGACAGGCAAGAGAGUAUUGUAAUGUGCAGUAUUCAUAGGGAGGCCAUGUGUGACCACAGAUGUUAUGGCUAUUGGUCAGGCUAUCUUUUCAUAUAUAGUUAAAGCAUUUGCUCGUCACACCAAAGACCCAAAGUACAAUGUGUGAGGCCCAUUUCUGGUGUCCUCCACCAUGAUACUGUUGGAAUAUUCUUAAAAGUGGUGUGAAACUACAUCAAAGAGCCUGUGUUAAAGCCCACAAGAGCACGUGUUAACACUAAGAUUGCUUGUAGAACUGAAAUUCAGCACUUUUAGAUUUUCUUAUAAACUACUGGAAAGAAAAGC